GAUUAGGCACAAGCAUGCGGGAGGACUUCGGCUGAGAUAUAAUCUGUCAUUUCUCCCACAUCAGUUUUCCAUUCCCAGUCACUCGUUUCACAUUCUUGGAGUUAGCUUGCUGUCGACCAUCACCAUGUCUUACUACGGCGGAAGCAACCCCAGCCCUUAUGACUAUCCUCUCCCAGGUGGUCCCGCACCACGUGGGGAUGUGGUCGUGACUGGCCUUACUGGCGGAUACGGCAGUGAGAAGAAGGGUAAGGGCCGCCAUUUCAAGGGCCACUUCAAGGGACACCACAAGGGUCACGGCAUCCGUGGACACCACGGCGGUCACAAGCACAAGGGGAUCGGUCACCGCAUUGGCAAGCAUUUGGGUGGCUUCAGGCACGGCCGCAAGCACAAGUAGAAGCCUUCCACAUUUGUAGAAAAAUGUCGAUAUGCCUCCCUUCUCAGUGCGCCAGGUAGAUAUAAGCGCUGUGCACGAGGACGUGUUGCGUUUCUGUGCAUGAUGCAUUCAGGUUCAGCUUAACCUUCUCACCUAUUUCUCUGUCCCAUCUAUACCCAUGGCGGAGCGAAGGAUUCCCUAAUUGUGAUGUACCCAACCUAUCUAUCACCUAGUGUUGUCUUGUACCCUCAUUGUGAUGUUGCAUCCGUAAAUUUGCCCUUGUCAUGUGCCUGUAAUGCCCAGCUAGUUAGGGUGUGUAUAUGCAUGGUAAUGCGAGCUCACCUCUGACACAGAUUUACAAUAUGUAAUA